AUGAAGUUCUUCACCAUCGCCACUCUCCUCGCUGCUGUUGCCGUUGCCCAUCCUCUCGAGGACGCCGGCCUCGAGCUUCGCGCUGGUGGCGAUAACAACAACACUCCCACCGACCGUCCUCACCUUUGUCCCCAGGGACUCUACAGCAACGCCCAGUGCUGUGAUGUUUUUCUCCUUGGCAUCAUUGGCCUCGACUGCAAAACCCCAAGCGGAAAGGUUUAUGACGCCAAUGACUUCAGAAAGGAAUGCGCCAAGACCGGUGAUAAGCCUCUCUGCUGCGUUGCCCCCGUUGCUGAUCAGGCUAUUUUGUGUCAACCCGCUCUAGAUGUUUAA